CUCUCCUCUCACUGGAAUCGAAUUUCUUCGAUCUCUUCUCUCUCUCUCUCCACAUCAUCAUAGCCUUGAAGACGAGCGUCAACCUGUAAGAUCGCUUGCCGAUGGACAGAAAAAUCAUGAUAAGUUUUCUGAGCUAGUAAAAACCACAGUAAUCCUUUGAUUUUCAAUAAUUCAGUCAUCUAGUCCAAUUUUGCUUCUACUGUUGUUGAUGGAGUCCAAGUCUCUGCCAAGGUUUCCGUUAGGCAAGCAAUCGUCCAAGGCUCGUGAGAACGAAACUGGUAUGGUCGAGGUAGACGAUGUGUACGCUUCUGAAUUGAUGAUUGAUUCUGGUGUACGUCUAAUGUAUCUAGCUAAUGAAGGCGAUUUGGAAGGGAUUAAGGAACUUUUAGAUAAUGGAACUGAUGUAAAUUUUAGCGACAUUGACGGAAGAACGGCUCUUCAUGUAGCUGUUUGCCAGGGUUUAACUAAUGUCGUUGAAUUGUUGCUUCUGAGAGGAGCUAAAGUUGGUGCGCAAGACAGAUGGACUAGCACGCCUCUUGCAGAUGCCAUAUAUUACAAAAAUUAUGAUGUGAUUAAGCUUUUGGAGCAAUAUGGAGCAAAACUUUCAUUGGCUCCUCUGCAUGUGAAAAAUGCUCGGGAGAUUCCAGAAUACGAGAUUGAUCCUAAAGAACUUGAUUUUACAAAUAGUGUUAACAUUACAAAGGGAACCUUCUGCAUUGCCACUUGGCGUGGGAUACAGGUUGCUGUCAAAGUUCUUGGUGAGGAAGUAUUUGCAGAUGAGGAGAAAGUCAACGCUUUUAGGGAUGAACUUACGUUACUUCAGAAGUUACGACAUCCAAAUGUUGUCCAGUUUCUUGGAGCUGUGACACAAAGUUGCCCUAUGAUGAUCGUCACAGAAUAUCUUCCCAAGGGAGAUCUUUAUGCAUAUUUGAAAAUUAAGUGUGCCUUGAAGCCAAUAAUUGCUGUUAGGUUAGCACUUGAUAUUGCAAGGGGAAUGAAUUACUUGCAUGAGCACAAACCUGAAGCAAUUAUUCACCGAGAUCUGGAACCCUCAAACAUACUGCGGGAUGAUACUGGGCAUCUUAAAGUAGCAGACUUUGGUGUGAGCAAGAUGUUGAAGGUUGCAAAAACAGUUAAAGAAGACAAACCAGUUACAUGUGGAGAUACCUUGUGGCGCUAUGUGGCUCCAGAGGUCUUUAAAAAUGAAGAAUACGAUACAAAGGUGGAUGUUUUCUCAUUUGCAUUGAUUUUACAGGAGAUGAUUGAAGGCUCCCCACCAUUUGCUGCAUUGCAAGAAACUGAUACUCCUAAAGCAUAUGUUGCAAAUUUGCGUCCUCCUUUCAGAGCUCCAGCAAAGUUUUACGCACAUGGAUUACGAGAAUUGAUUGACGGAUGUUGGAGUCAGGAUCCGUUCAUGAGACCCACAUUUGCGCAAAUUAUAGUAAUUUUGGAGGAUAUCCACAACCAGCUAAUUCAUAAAAGCCGAUGCAAGUUUCAAUUGAUGAAGUGCCUGCAGAACAUCGGGUCAGUAUUUAAGCUUGAUUGUUCCGGUCGAAGUAGUCAUUCAUCUCAUUCUAACAAUUUUAACAGCCGAUGAGAAGCUGUUCUUCAUGGAUUCGUUUCGUUGUUUCCUUUUUCUCGUUUUUUCCCAAAUUUAUUUGAAGUUGGUAUUUUUCUUGUUUAACUGUGGAAAGUAAAUAUUAUUUUUACCUUUGAUUCAUAUAUAUAUUUUUUGAAUACU